AUGGGAUACGGUAUCUGCUUCAUCUGCACGUUCAUCGCCUGUUUCUACAAUGCCAUUAUCGCACAUGCUGUCUAUUUUGUUGCAAGCUCUAUUGCGAUUGAAGUUCCCUGGAAGACUUGCAAUAAUUCAUGGAACACACCGCUCUGUACGGAUUCACUGAAUGACACACUGGGGAAGAGUGGUGAGCGACUGACGACACCCAGUGAGGAGUUUUACUUUCAUCGAGUGCUGGAAAUCCAGAAAUCGUCAGGAUUUGAGGAUCUGGGCGGAGUGAAACCUUCGAUGGCUCUCUGUCUGGCAUUUGUCUUCAUACUUGUCUAUUUUGCCCUUUGGAAAGGACCGAAGAGUUCAGGGAAAAUGGUCUGGAUAACUGCUACUGCUCCGUACAUCGUUCUGACCAUACUACUUAUUCGAGGCGUUACUCUGCCCGGUGCUGCCAAAGGAAUCUACUACUACCUUAUGCCGGAUUUCUCCAAACUGAACGAUCCCAAGGUUUGGUCAGCAGCGGCGUCGCAGAUUUUCUUCUCACUUGGACCCGGUUUUGGGGUCCUGUUGGCCUUGAGCAGCUAUAACGACUUCAAUAACAACUGCUACAGAGAUGCGAUAGUCACCUCAUCGAUCAACUGUCUGACGUCCUUUUUCUCGGGUUUUGUCAUUUUUUCAACGCUCGGAUAUAUGGCCGAACUCACCAACAAGGAAGUCAGCGAGGUUGUCGGAGAUCAUGACGCUUCGCUCAUCUUCAUUGUCUAUCCACAAGCACUGGCUACAAUGAGCUACAGCAGCGCAUGGUCGUUCAUCUUUUUCGUGAUGCUCAUCACACUCGGGAUUGACAGCACGUUUGCCGGAAUCGAAGCAUUGAUAACUGGUCUUUGUGACGAGUCCCGACUUCUCUCGCGAAACAGAGAAUGGUUUGUGGGCGUGGUCUGUGUGCUAUACUACUUUGGCAGUCUUCCAGCCAUCAGCUACUAUGUGAUUCCAUUUCUCGACGAGUACGGCGUCUCACUAUCGGUUUCUUCAUUAGUCACCUGUGAAAUGGUCGCAGUUUGCUGGUUCUAUGGAUUGAUCGGUUCAGUAACGACAUCAAGUCAAUCAAUGCUUGUUUCUAUCCGGGAUUAUACGUGGAGAUAUGUUGGCAUGCUGUGCCCCAUAUUCAUUUCGAUCAUCUUCGUUAUGACAGUAUGGCAAGCAUCACUCUCUCCUAUGCAGUUGCCUGGAUAUAUGUUCCCAAAAUGGUCGGUGGGACUCGGAUGGUUCUUACGAAUGUUGUCCGUAUCCAGUGUACCACUUUUUGCCAUAUACAUGCUUUCAUUUGCCAAGGGAACGUUCACAGAGCGCUUGCGGUGGGCGACAUCACCCCAAACGCGUCGAAUUUCUGCUUCAUCGUUGAGCGCCGAUCCAACGCAAAUCAUCGACAGCACACUGCUUCAUCCGAUUCAUACGCUGUCUCAAGUCUGA